ACCCCAUCAUUUGAAAGAAAACUUGAAUCUCCAGGAGGUGAAGGCAUUUGCCCAAAGUAAAAUAAUUUGCAAAUGAGAUGAAGAUGAACAAGAAGAUAUUUUGAAAAACCAUCAAAUGGAGCAUAAAUGUCAGGAGAUCCAUUUCAUAUUGCUGUUCAGUCGACAAGGGAAAUUAAGACUGCAGAAGUGGUAUAACACACUGCCUGAUAAAGAGAGAAAAAAGAUCAUCCGAGAAGUCGUACAGAUGAUUCUGUCUCGUGGUCAAAGAAUGAGCAGUUUUCUUGACUGGAAGGAUCUAAAAAUUGUUUAUAAAAGAUAUGCUAGCUUAUAUUUUUGCUGUGCAGUAGAAAAUCAGGACAAUGAACUGUUGACGCUAGAGAUUGUUCAUCGUUAUGUGGAGUUACUAGACAAGUAUUUUGGAAACGUCUGUGAGCUGGAUAUUAUCUUUAAUUUUGAAAAGGCAUAUUUCAUCCUUGAUGAGUUUAUAAUGGGUGGAGAAAUCCAAGAAACCUCAAAGAAAAUUGCUGUCAAGGCUAUGGAAGACUCUGAUAUGUUACAGGAGACGAUGGAAGAAUACAUGAGCAAACCUGCAUUUUAACUGAAAAAAUCCACUUGACAACCCAAUGAUGCUGCAUGUCAUAAAUCUGUAAAACUUCAGCUGGAUGUAGUUAUUUUCUGAUGUGCCAGAGCCUUAUGCCAAAAA